AAGCCAUCAGACGGUAUUUGGCGCCGUAUUGCCUGAAUUCCCAAUAGCUCGUACCAUCUCCUCCUUCUUUGGGUUUUACUCUUUCUCGGAGGGUUUUAGACAGAAAAAAAAUCCGAAUAUCAUCAGAGCACAGAUCGAAAUAUCGCCAUGGACGUUAUCAAGACGCAGCAAGUAUCAGCGAGGCUCAUCGAGAAGGUGAUAGUUCACCCACUCGUUCUGCUCAGCAUCGUCGACAACUACAACCGAGUCGCCAAGGACACUCGCAAGCGAGUCGUCGGCGUUCUACUCGGAAGCACUUACAAAGGCGUCGUCGACGUCUCCAACAGCUACGCAGUGCCCUUUGAAGAAGAUGAUAGAGACCCUAGCAUUUGGUUUCUUGACCACAACUACCAUGAAGCGAUGUUCUCUAUGUUCAAGAGGAUCAAUGCCAAGGAGCACGUCGUAGGUUGGUAUAGCACUGGGCCGAAACUACGGGAGAAUGAUCUGGAUAUUCACAGUUUAUUCCACAACUAUGUACCAAAUCCAGUCCUGGUCAUUAUUGAUGUCCAGCCUAAGGAGCUGGGAAUACCCACCAAAGCCUACUAUGAUGUCGAAGAAGUUAAAGAGAAUGCAACUCAGAAAAGCCAGAAGAUUUUUGUCCACGUGCCCUCUGAAAUUGCGGCUCAUGAGGUUGAGGAAAUUGGAGUGGAACACUUACUAAGGGAUGUGAAGGAUACAACCAUCAGCACCCUUGCAAAUGAGGUUACUGGAAAACUUACCGCUCUAAAGGGUUUGGAUGCACGGUUACGAGAAAUACGCAGUUACCUAGAUCUUGUCAUUGAUGAGAAGCUUCCACUAAAUCAUGAGAUACUUUACCAUUUGCAGGAUGUAUUCAAUCUACUUCCAAAUCUCAAUGUGGCAGAGUUGGUCAAGGGGUUUUCAGUAAAAACAAAUGACAUGAUGUUGGUUAUAUAUCUUUCAUCUCUCAUCCGAAGCGUCAUUGCCCUCCACAACUUGAUCAAUAACAAGAUGCUAAACAAAGAACACGAGAAAGCUGAGGAUGCAAAGCCAGCAACGGCCCCAUCUGUCGCUGGAAGCUGAAAACCAUUAUUUGCUGGUGAUUGGGGUUUCAGCGGUUGUGAACAGUGCUCUAAGCUUUCGUCUUGUAGCCAAUUUGAUCUGCCACUUUUGAGGCCUUUAUUGAAGAUUUUGUAUUCUCAAUAUUGACAGGAUUUGCAGGUUGAGAUAUCUUUGUCAUUGAUUUGUUAUAUGAUAUCGGAAAAGUUUUAGA